CUUGGAUGAGGUCCCGCAGCGACGCCCCGGCCCGCCCCGCUCCUCCUCCUGCCCGGCCAAGCUGCCUCCCAUUUGGGGAGUUUUGUGGGCUUUCUUUCUCCUCCUCCAACCUCCGCGGAGGCCACGACUCAGGCGCCGCAGCUGGGGGCCGCCUCCAUGGUGCGGGUCGGCCGCUGCUGAACUCAGCGAAACCGAGCCUGGCCUGGAGAAGGCCACACAGGAGGCCAAGGCCAUGGCCAUAGCCACGUCGGCCCAGUUGGCUCGGGCACUCUACGACAACACUGCUGAGUCCCCCCAGGAGCUGUCCUUCCGCCGAGGGGAUGUUCUACGGGUACUGCAGAGGGAGGGUGCUGGUGGGCUGGACGGCUGGUGCCUCUGUUCCCUGCAUGGCCAGCAGGGCAUUGUGCCCGCCAACAGAGUGAAGCUCCUUCCUGCUGGCCCGGCACCCCAGCCCAGCCUCACCCAGGUGCUCCCAGCCCAGCAUGGCUCACCACAUCCAGCCCCAGAGCACAGCAAUGAGGACCAGGAGGUAUAUGUGGUGCCACCCCCAGCUCGGCCCUGUCCUACCUUAGGACCUUCACCUGGACCCUGCCCGCCCUCCCCUGAUCCCAUCUACAAGGUCCCCAGAGGGAGUGGGACCCAAUCAGCUGCCCCUGGAGAUGCCUUGGAGGUCUAUGAUGUGCCCCCCACUGCCCUCCGAGUUCCCUCCAGUGGCCCCUACGACUCCCCUGCCUCCUUUACCCGCCCUCUAGCGCGGGUUGCCUCACAGGCCCCUGAAGAGGAUGAAGCUCCCUAUGAUGUGCCUUUGGCCCCAAAGCCACCGUCAGAACUGGAGCCAGAUCUGGAGUGGGAGGGAGGCCGGGAACCAGAGCCUCCCCUCUACGCUGCCCCCUCCAACCUGAAACGGGCAUCAGCCCUGCUCAAUCUGUAUGAAGCACCAGAGGAACUGCUAGCAGAUGGGGAAGGUGGAGGCACUGAUGAGGGCAUCUACGAUGUGCCCCUGCUCGGGCCGGAGGCACCCCCUUCUCCAGAGCCCCCAGGAGCCUCUGCCUCCAAUGACCUGGACACCUUGGCCCUGCUUCUGGCCAGAAGCCCCCCACUCCCACACAGGCCCCGUUUGCCCUCAGCUGAGAGCCUGUCCCGCCGCCCUCUGCCUGCCCUGCCUGUUCCUGAGGCCCCCAACCCUUCCCCAGCUCCCUCUCCUGCUCCAGGCCGAAAGGGCAGCAUCCAGGACCGGCCUCUGCCCCCACCCCCACCUCGCCUGCCUGGCUAUGGGGGCCCCAAGGUUGAGGGGGAUCCAGAAGGUGGGGAGGUAGAGGAUGAUCCAGCAGGACACCACAAUGAGUAUGAGGGCAUCCCGAUGGCCGAGGAAUAUGACUAUGUCCACCUGAAGGGCAUGGAUAAAGCUCAGGGAUCUAGGCCCCUGGAUAAAGCCUUCCCAGGGGAUCCUGAACUGCUGGAGAGGGGGCCACCGGAGCAGCAGGAGGCCCUGUCUGCAGGGGAGCCGCUGGAUCUGCCCACCGGAGAUCUACAGCUCUUGCAUUUCUACGCCGGGCAGUGCCAGAGCCACUACUCAGCACUGCAGGCAGCCGUGGCGGCCCUGAUGUCCAGCACCCAGGCCAACCAGCCCCCACCCCUCUUCGUGCCCCAUGGCAAGCGGGUGGUGGUGGCCGCUCACCGUCUGGUGUUUGUUGGGGACACCCUGGGCCGGCUGGCAGCCUCCGCCCCUCUGCGAGCACAGGUCGGGGCUGCAGGUACAGCGCUGGGCCAGGCAUUGCGAGCCACUGUGCUGGCUGUCAAGGGGGCCGCCCUGGGCUACCCGUCCCGCCUUGCGGCCCAAGAGAUGACACAGCGUGUGGCAGAGCUGGCAGGGCAGGCCCUGCAGUUCACCACUCUGCUCUCCAGCCUGGCCCCCUGAGGGUCCUGCUCUGUCCCUCUCCUGCCUGCCAGAGCCCCCUUUUGGGCCUUGGGUGGCAGGAGGGCUCUGUUUUUAGGGACCAGGAGAGGUGGGGACAUCUCUCCCCUUCCAGUCAUCUCAGCCUCUCACAGAGAUGUCCCUCCCCCUUCCCCCCACAGCUUUUUGUACGAGCCAUUUUGUAUAAAUUAUUUAUAUUUAAUAUUAUUCCCUGCUUUGUCAGGGGCAGGUGCCAGGCCCCUUGGGGCAGGGAGGAACUGGACUCUUUCCCUCAGCCUGGGGUGGAAGUUCUUGGUCACUGCACUGCCACCCACCUCUGAAAGCUUGGCCCCCCAGAGAAUCGGGUGGCUGAAACCUGGAGCCAUCCAGAUCCCUUUUUUUGUCCUGGUUCUUGGCUCUAGGACAUCAGCACCUUACUGUUAGCUGAAAGUGACGGCAUGAUUUUGACCACCCAGAAUGUGGAGGUCUGGGAGAGGCCUAAGGGCUCCUCCCCACAGCAGGCAGGACAGAACUGGGCCUCAAUAAGCCCUGCUGUCUGGUUCUCUGACUCUGCUUCUUGGGCACCUGGGGGAGGGGCCAGGCCUGGCACCCCUAGGCCAAACCUAUGGAAUACACACUGUGGGCAGGAUGUCUUUAGGUUUGGGGGGGGGAGAUUUUGCUGUUUUUUUCCAAAAACUAUUCAUUCGGUGGGUUUCACCUCCCAUGAUGUGCCAAGCACAGUUCUGAAGGUACAUUGUGCGGGUGGGAUGGAUAUAACUGAGUCAGUUAAAAUAAGUAAAUAAAAAAGAAUACCUGCCACA